CCAGUCUUCACUCAGUAUCAUUUUCAUCCCCGCCGCCCAAGACGCCUCAACAUCAACCUUCCAGUCCCAACACGGCGAAUCAGUGCUUCCUCCGCCGCUCCUGGCGUCGAUCUCAAUACUCUCGAAUCUGCCAUUGCUCAGAAAGAUAGUAAUGCUGUUAAAGUGGUGCUUGAUCAGCUGAAUGAAGUUGGGUGGGCCAAGAAAUGGAGUUCUCAGCCUUACGUUUCAUGUCGUACGGUCAGUCUCCAUUGCAAGUGUGAAGUUCUGGGGAAGUUCCAUCCAAACAUUUGACUCAUCUUCCAAUUCGUGCUUUCAUGCUUAUGAAUAUAAUACAUCACUUCGAGAGUUGACAUCUCUAGGAAUAAAAAACGCUGAGAAUCUUGCAAUCCCGAGCGUCCGGAAUGAUGCAGCUUUUCUUUUCACGGUGGUGGGAACAACUGGCUUUUUGGCUGUUCUAGCUGGCCAGCUUCCUGGGGAUUGGGGAUUCUUUCUUCCAUACUUGAUUGGAAGUAUUUCCUUAGUGGUUUUGGCUGUGGGUAGUAUAUCACCUGGUCUUCUCCAAGCUGCAAUCAGUAGCUUUUCGUCAGUUUUUCCUGAUUAUCAAGAGAGGAUCGCCAGACACGAAGCGGCGCACUUUCUGACUGCUUAUCUGCUUGGCCUUCCCAUCCUGGGGUAUUCACUGGAUAUUGGGAAAGAGCAUGUAAAUCUGAUUGAUGAAAGGCUUGAAAAGCUCAUCUAUAGCGGGCAGCUUGACGCUAAGGAGCUAGAUAGAUUGGCUGUCGUGGCAAUGGCCGGAUUGGCGGCCGAAGGUUUAACAUACGACAAAGUGGUUGGUCAAUCUGCUGAUCUCUUCACUCUCCAGAGGUUUGUAAACCGAAGCAAACCGCUGCUCAGCAAAGAUCAACAGCAAAAUCUCACAAGAUGGGCUGUUUUGUUUGCUGCUUCUCUCUUGAAAAAUAACAAGACGAUUCAUGAAGCCUUGAUAAGAGCCAUGUCAAAUAAGGCAAGCGUUCUGGAAUGCAUCAAAGCAAUUGAGACUGCAGAGUAGUACAACAUCAAACCUUUCCCAGCUAUGAAGUGCGAAUCACAGAUGAAACUCUAGCAUAAGCAUGCUAUAUGACGAUGAACCAUAUUUGAAACAUGAAGGCCAAUUACUUCUUCCUGUUUGUUUUGUUUUCUUUUGGUCCGAAAAACUGAUUAUUACUUCAUAAAUCAGACUUCGUUAUUUUUUUGUAAGUUUUUUCAAAUAGAGCCCACUCUUAGUCCCUGUCUCUUUCUUCUCACAAGCGGGCAGUGGAGAAGAUUUAAACUGUACAUUAUUGAAUCUUCAUUUAGUUCAGAAGUUAUUGGGUAUUGGCUUAUGUUACUUGUA